CCCAGCUCUGCAGACAUGGGUCGUGAGAGGAGUUUCGGCGGGUUGGUCUGCCGCAUCGGAGCUUUGGCCGGGACUUUCUUUCUUGGAUUCAUCAUCGGCUGGUUUGGGCGUCCUGUGUCGAGGCCUGCAACAGUUCAUCAUCAGGACAAGUUGGAAUCCUUUCUACAGGACAUACACACUCACAACAUCCGACACUACCUCAGGGAGUUCACACGUCUCCCUCAUCUGGCGGGAACGGAGCAGAAUCUUCGUUUGGCCGAGCGAAUCAAAGACGAGUGGGUGGAGUUUGGCCUGGAGGGGGUGGAGCUUGUGCCGUAUGACGUCCUGCUGUCCUACCCCAAUCAGACGAGACCUAAUUACAUAUCUAUACUACAGGACGGACAUGAGGUCUUCAACACGUCCUUGUCUGAGCCAGUUCCUGAGGGUUAUGAGAACGUCUCUGAUAUCGUCCCACCGUACAACGCCUUUUCUCCCCAAGGACAACCAGAGGGUGAUAUGGUGUAUGUGAACUAUGGCCGUACUGAAGAUUUCAUGCAGCUGGAUGGUCUGGGCAUCAACUGCAGUGGCAGGAUAGCCAUCGCACGCUACGGCAAGAUCUUCAGGGGAAACAAGGUUAAGAAUGCCAUGCUAUGGGGAGCCAUAGGCAUCAUAUUGUAUUCUGACCCGGCUGACUACUGUGCUGAGGGAGUUGACGUUUACCCGCAAGGCUGGAACCUGCCAGGAGGGGGCGCCCAGAGAGGAAAUGUACUCAACCUCAACGGAGCAGGAGACCCACUCACACCUGGAUACCCUGCUAAAGAAUACACUUACAGGUUUGAUCCCGAGGAGGGCGUGGGGCUUCCCAAGAUUCCGGUGCAUCCCAUUGGCUACAAUGAUGCUUACCACCUUCUGAAGAACAUGGGUGGGGAAUCGCCACCGAGUGGGUGGAGUGGAGCACUCAACGUCUCGUACCGCAUCGGGCCCGGAUUCACACCGGACUCAGGCCAGAGGACGGUGCGUAUGAAUGUGUUCAGCACCAACAGUGUGACGCGGAUCUACAACGUCAUCGGAAGAAUACAAGGAGCAGAAGAGCCAGAUCGCUAUGUCAUAUUAGGGGGUCAUCGUGAUGCCUGGGUGUUUGGUGGUAUUGAUCCCAUCAGUGGAGCAGCUACAGUUCACGAGACGGCACGCAGCGCAGGAGCCCUCUUGAAGACAGGUUGGAGGCCCAGGAGGACGAUGGUGUUUGCCAGUUGGGACGCUGAAGAGUUCGGACUGUUGGGAUCCACAGAGUGGGCAGAGGAAAAUGCCAAAGUUCUACAGGAGAGAGCCGUGGCAUACAUCAACGCUGACUCUGCUAUAGAGGGUAUGUACACGUUGAGGGUUGACUGCACCCCCUCUCUCCACACCCUGGUCUAUGACAUCACCAAGAAGAUCUCCAGUCCAGAGCAGGGAGAGGAGGGCACGUCUCUGUAUGACAGCUGGCACAAACGAGACAACUGGACCAACGACAGAGAUGCUCCCAGGAUCAGUAAGCUGGGGUCAGGAAGUGACUUCGAGGCGUACUUCAUCCGACUGGGCAUCGCAGCAGGACGAGCCAGAUACACCAAGAACAAGAAGACAGAGCGUUACAGCAACUACCCGCUGUACCACAGUGUUUACGAGACGUUUGAGCUGGUGGGUGGGGCCUAUGACCCCUCCUUCCGCAGGCUACAGGCUGUCGCUCGCGUCAGAGCGGGGCUUAUCUUCCGAUUGGCCAAUGACAGACUCCUCCCCCUGGACUGUGAGGAGUACGCAGCCGCCCUGAAGAAAUACGCCACCAGCAUACGAGACCUGGCACACACACACGCCGAUAUGGCACAGUACAAUGUCAGCUUUGAUCCCCUCUUCUCUGCCGUUGAGAACUUCACUACAGCAGCACGAGAAUUCCACCAGCGCCUCAGAAACCUGGACACCAGCAACAAGCUAGCUGUGCGUAUGGCUAACGACCAGCUGAUGUAUCUGGAGAGAGCGUUUGUGGAUCCACUGGGCUUACCAGGCCGACCCUUCUAUAGGCAUGUGAUCUUCGCCCCCAGUAGUCAUAAUAAGUACGCUGGUGAGUCGUUUCCUGGUGUGUACGAUGCCCUCUACAGUCUGAAGAGGGAAGUGCACCCUGCGGAGGCCUGGAGGGAAGUGAAGAGACAACUCAGCAUCGCAACCUUCACUGUACAGGCAGCUGCUAUGACUCUCACACCACCAUGACACACACACACACACACACACACCACCACCAUCACACACACACACACACACACCACCACCACCACCACCACCAUAACACGCACGCACGCACGCACGCACGCACACACACACACACACACACACACACACACACCAGAUCAGCAAAUUCUCUAAUUCGUAAAUUUUCCAAUUCAUUUUGAACUUUCUGCUGUAGCGCGUGCGCUAUUAGAUGAAACUCUGAUCUGCCUGACAACAGAACAAUCUAUGUUCUGGUUGGCUUAACCCAUUGAGGCCUAAGGCAGUGGUUCUUAACCUGGGGUGCGGGCACCCCCUGGGGGUGCGCCAGAGAUUUCAGGGGGUGCGCAGAAUUUUAUUUGAGUUGAGGUUGUGACCAAAAUUCUGUAAUUAGGCCAAAUUAAGACCAACUUAAGACAUAUUUUAGGUAUUGGUUAAUGCAAGAAUCAUUGUAAUCAAUCACUUUUAAUAAUUUUUAGUGUGAAUAUACGUGUAGAAGUUUGGGUUGGGGGUGCAUGGCUUGUCUUCGGCACAGAGAAGGGGGUGCGUUAAGAAAAAAGGUUAAGAACCACUGGCCUAAGGCACCUGCAAUAAAGGGUGCUGAAUGCCUGAGCCCUUUUUAAAGGUACACUCUGCAGGAAAUGGUCAAAAAAGGUAGUGCAACUAUGCUGCUCAUUGAAACUGGGCUGCCUAUUGCCAAAUUUGAUCGUUACAUGAAUGUUUACUAAGUAAUAAACACAUAUUUUCAA